AUGAGCGGAAUCGGACAUGGUGCUCAGCCAGGAGGUUGGGGAAUUGGACAAGGUGCACAACCGAAUCAAUGUCCACCAGCUCCCGGAAUUGGUGGUGGCGCUUGCCCAAAUCCAGGAAUCGGUGGAGGAGCUCAACCAGGAGGUUGGGGCAUUGGACAAGGAGCCCAGCCGUCCCAUUGCCCACCACCCGGCGGAAACCCCGGACACUAUGAUCCUUAUGGAAACUCGACUCAACACGGGCAUCACCAUCACCAUCCGCAU